AUGCCCAACAGCGGCGCUAUAAUAAGUCUCAACGACAACACAAAUAAGGGACGAGGAGUUCACUCUGUCAUGAGGGCCCCUUCCACCUUCCAUGUCUGUCUACUCUAUAUGCUUCUCAUCUCCUUCCAAAUUCACAAUGUACAGGGUGAGAUGGGAAGAAGUAGGCGUUCAUACAACGCCUUUCCCCUCGAAUACCGCGAGCGAGUCAAGUCUGUCGGUCCAAACGUUGUGCAGAAACGGGAGCCUCAGACAGGUGGAUGGGAUUUAGCCGACGACUUGGGCACCUUGGGAACCGGUGAAGAUUUUGGUGACAUAAACGAUGCCGUCCUAUCCUCGGAAAAGACGUCGCUCACGCGAGAAGAAAUACAAAGGUAUCUGGCCCAAAUGAAGGCAUACUACCUGAAAAAUGGGAUGCCACGGUAA